AAAGAACCAAAUCAAGAAGAGGUUGUUUAUAUGCAAAAUAUGAAAAUGAUAAUUCUUAUAUUCAAUACAUUCUUGAAAAAAAGGAUUUUGACCAUCAAGAUGGUUCUUUGUGGCAGAUUUAUAAUAAAUUGGAUGAUUUCAAUGAUGAUGAUGUUAAUGAAAAAAUUUCAAAUUUAGAAAAAAAAAUGAAUACCAAUAAUUCAAAUUUAGAAAAAAAAAUGGAUAUCAUAAUGUUGCAAUUACAACAAUUACAACAAUUACUCCAAAAACCUUGA